GCUGUCCUGCAGGAGGUUGUUAGCACCCGGGACCGGGAGCUGGGGCAGCUGGUCCUGCGCUACCGUGACUACCAGAGAGCCAUCAAGCGCCUGGCCGGGAUCCCCAUCCUGCUGGAGAAGCUGCGCAAGGCCCAGGACUUCUAUGUGGAGAUGAAGUGGGAAUUCACCAGCUGGGUGCCGCUGGUGUCCAAGAUCUGCCCCAUGAGACCAUCCACUGCUCACUGUGCGUUGUAUCACCCAAGGAACAAGUCCGGCAUUCUGGGCUGGAGGAGCGAGAAGACAGAAAUGGUGAAUGGGUAUGAGGCCAAGGUGAGGGGCAGGGGGUUGAGCUGCCUGGGGGGAUAUGCUGGCAGCAAGACCCCUUUGCAGUCCUUCCUGGGUAUCGCUGAGCAGCAUGUGGGGCCCAACAAUGGGGUGAGUGUCCCAUGGGUCCUGGGGGGUGGCCCCAAAAGCCACGCCAACCCCACCGCCAUCACCCCAGAGGAGUACUUCAACCCCAACUUCGAGCUGGGCAACCGAGACAUGGGGCGGCCCAUGGAGCUCACCACCAAGACACAGAAGUUCAAGGCGAAGCUGUGGCUGUGUGAGGACCACCCGCUGUCCCUCUGCGAGCAGGUUGCCCCCAUCAUUGACCUCAUGGCAAUAAGCAACGCCCUCUUCGCCAAGCUGCGGGACUUCAUCACCCUGCGCCUCCCGCCCGGCUUCCCCGUCAAGAUCG